UGUUAUCUGAGAGGAGGUGCUGUUUGUUUUUUGCUUGCCAUGCUCUGCCCCGGUUCUUUACAAGUCAGUGCAAAUGAACUCCAUUCAUGGUGUUGGUCAAAGCAAAGCUAGAGCCUGGGAGGAGCGUCGAUUUUCAAGGAAUAACCUGGACUCCAUCCAAAUAUGGCCGGAGACAUCCGUCCUCUGAGCCUCUCGCUUUGGUCUCCAAGGCAUCGGCAAAUAGUCAGAGCCUGUGCGGGCGUCCCCCUCUUCCCUCUACGCUCUCUGAUUUUCUACUGCUUCCUGUCAUGCGCCGCUGCAGUAGGAAGUUCUCCUGGGAUAGAAUAUGACUAUGGAAUUAGCCCCAAGUUUGUUUGCACCCCCAUUCCCCCAGACGCAGACCCCAGCUGCUUCUCCCCGCCCAGUGUGCCCCACGGGCCGAGCAGCAGCAGCAGCGGCAGCCACAGCGGCGACCACGCCGGCAGCGGCCGGCGGGGCGCCAUGUCCGACGAGGCCAAAGCCACCAUCCUGCACCUGCGCGAGAGCCUGGUGAGGCAGAAGGAGACCAUCCUGGACCAGCGGGAGACCAUCAGGGAGCUGACCGCCAAGCUCACCCUGUGCGAGGGCUUCGGGGGCCACCACAGCGUCGGGCAUCACGACAACCACCACGGCGGUCACCAUGACAACCACCACAACAAUCACAUCGACAGCCAUCACGACAACGGCCACGACACCCACGGCGGCCACCACGACGACCACCACGGGAGUCACGGCGGCCACCACGUCACCUCGACGCACCACGGGCCCUCGGGAUACCACAGCAGCGACCACCACUACCCCCACGGCAGCCACCGGUCGGACCCCCACCACCGGAAGGGCUCCUACGGGAAGCACGGCUCCUUCUCCCCGGAGCAGACGGGGAAAACCCUGCAGACGCUGAAGGAGCGGCUGGAGAGCCUGCAGGCCAGGAACUCGUCCAGCUCGUACUCCAGCUCCCUGAGAGAGCUGCUCCAGCGGAAGAUCAGCGCUCUGGAGGAACAGCUGCACAGCUACUACAGAGAUUACCAUGAGGUCGGUCACCAUGACGACCACCACGGAGAUCACCAUGACGACCACCAUGACGACCACCACGACGACCACCACGGCAGCAGCCACCACGACGACCACCAUGAGGACCACCAUCGUGGCAACGAUCACCACGACGACCACCAUGGCAGCGGCCACCACGACGACCACCACAGCAGUGGUUACCACAGCAACCACCACGGCAGCCACAGGUACAGCCAUCAUGGCGGGCACCACGGUCGCCAUAACGAUCGCCACCGCGACCACCGUUAUGACCGGCACCGUGGCAGGAGCCAGGGUUUCCACGGCCAUCACAGCAGCUACCACCACGAUGAUCACAGUGACCACCACGGACCUCACGACGAUCACCACGACGACCACCAUAAUGAUCACCAUGACGACCACGACGAUCACCACAGCGACCACCACAAUGAUCACUACAACGAUCACCACAACGAUCACCACGGUGGCGACCAUCAUGACGACCACCACGAUUAUCACCACGGACACGGACACUAUGAUGACCACCACUACGACGAUCACCAUGACAACCACCAUGGCUACGAGCCCCACUAUGACGAUCACCAGCCGCGUAGGCUGUCUUUCAGCGGCAAGGAGAGCGGCCACAGCAAGCUGGAAACAGUGCUCAGUCAGCUGCACCACAGUGACCACGGAAACCACAAGAAGCUGAAAAGCCCCAGCGCCUUCAUGCUGGACUUCCCCAUGAGGACCAACUACAUGUACGCCAGGAUGAAGCGCUCGGUGGUCAACGAGAUCUUCGCCAUGACCAUCUGCCUGCGGCUGAAGGCCGGGGCGGGCCCGGGCCUCGGCACCCCGUUCUCCUACGCCGUGCCAGGGCAAGCCAACGAGCUGGUGCUAAUGGAGUGGGGCAACAACCCCAUGGAGCUGCUGAUUAAUGACAAGGCCGUGACGCUGCCGAUAACGCUGACAGACGACAAGUGGCAUCACGUGUGCGUGACGUGGGCGACGCGUGACGGCACCUGGGAGGCCUACCAGGACGGCGUGAAGAAAGGCUCGGGGCAGAACCUGUCAGCCUGGCACCCCAUCAAGCCGGGAGGGAUGUUCAUCCUGGGGCAGGAGCAGGACACUCUGGGAGGACGCUUCGACGUCACUCAGUCCUUCAUGGGCGAGCUGUCGGAUCUGCAGUUCUGGUCCCGGGUCCUGACGCCCUCUGAGAUCUACAGCCAGGCGACGUGUGGGGCGCACCUGGAGGGCGACGUCAUGUCGUGGCUGGAGGAGUCGGUGGAGCUUCACGGAGGGCUCAGCGAGCUGCCGUUCGAACCCUGCCACUAA